GUGUCUUAGGCUCAGAUCCCUGCGGGACUGCUUUUUUCCAGCUAUUUUCGACUUUCUGUUGCCGAUUUUUCCGUUCUCUGUAACUUCGUCACUCGAAGUCGAGCUCCUGUCUUUGUUGUGGAAAUCUGGAGCUGUCCUUCUGGAGUUGGAGGCAGAGCUGACCUGCAUGUUUUUGAAUUGUGGAUUGUGUUGGGAUUAAUCGCGGGGGAACUUUGUGGAAUUAGAAACCGAGAUCGCGAUCCGUGUGUUGAAUUUGAUAAGUAGUUGGAGUUCCGAGUUCGAGAUUUGUGGACUUGGUGGAAUACUUGGAUUUACUUGAAGAAUUAAAGGUUAUCGGUGUUGAUUUGGUUCGAACUAUAGGGUUUUUGAUGCAAGGAUCUUGCUGCCGAUCCUGAUUUCUCCAAUUGAGAAAGUGAAGAGUCUCGGGGAGUAAAAUCUGGUGGAGUGAUAGCCAUGGCGCAGAGUAACUGGGAAGCAGAUAAAAUGCUCGAUGUCUACAUCCAUGACUACUUGUUGAAACGGAAAUUGGUUAACUCUGCAAAAACUUUCAUGUCGGAGGGAAAAGUUGCUACUGAUCCUGUGGCUAUUGAUGCGCCUGGAGGAUUUCUCUUUGAAUGGUGGUCGGUCUUUUGGGAUAUCUUCAUUGCAAGAACUAAUGACAAGCAUUCGGAAGCAGCAGCAGCUUACAUAGAGACACAACAAAUUAAAGCAAGGGAGCAGCAGCAGCUGCAAAUGCAGCAGUUGCAUCUCAUGCAGCAGCGUAAUGCCCAGUUACAGCGAAGGGAUCCUAACCAUCCUCCACUUGGUCCAAUGAACUCCAUGAAUUCUGAAGGAAUGAUAGGGCAGCAAUCUGCUAGUGUAUUGGCUAUGAAAAUGUAUGAAGAACGCAUGAAGCAUCCUAAUUCCAUGGAUUCUGAGACUUCUCCCAGUGUUAUUGAUGCUAAUAGGAUGGCACUUCUUAAGUCAGGUCCCAAUCAACAAGGACAAUUGAUGCAAGGAAGCUCUGGGAGCAUGUCUGCAGCAUUGCAGCAGAUGCAAGGGGGGCGGCCUCAACUGACCAAUGACAUUAAAACUGAAGUUAAUUUGGGGGGAACUCAAAAAUCUAUGCCUAUGGACCCAGCAUCUAUAUAUGGUCAAGCAAUUCUUCAGUCAAAGUCUGGACUCAGCGGUGCAGGACUGAGCCAAGGAGUGACGAGUCUUCCAUUGAAGGGAUGGCCACUGACAGGAAUUGAUCAAUUACGGCCUGGUUUGGGUUUGCAAGUACAAAAACCCAAUCUGCAGGCUCAAAACCAGUUUCUAUUAGCCUCACAGCAGCAGCAGCAGCAGCAGGCUCUAGCCCAAGCUCAGGCACAAGGAAACCUUGGAAACUCUGGCAAUUAUGGGUUUGGUGGUUUACCGCGGGGUAACUUUAACGCAAAAGAUGGCCAACCUCCAAGGAAUGAUGGGCCUAUUUGCUCUCCAGUGCAAUCAAAUUCACCAAAGAUGAAAAUGGCUCAAAUGUCACAGCCGUCCUCUCAACAACCGGAUCAGUUGCAGCAGCAGCAACAACAAUUGCAACAGAACAACAGGAAGCGGAAACAACAUUCCUCCUCUGGUCCUGCUAACAGUACAGGUACUGGAAAUACAGUGGGCCCUUCCCCAGGCUCACCACAGUCAACUCACACCCCGGGUGAUGGAAUGACUACUGCUAGCAGCCUGCAGCAUGUCAAUAAUGUCUCUAAGAGUAGUAUGAUGAUGUAUGGUACAGAAGGUGCUGGUGGAUUUGCAUCAUCUACAAACCAACUUGAUGACUUGGAGAAUUUUGGAGAUGUUGCUUCUCUGGAAGACAAUGUUGAAUCGUUUUUGUCGCAUGAUGGAGGAGAUGGAAAUUUAUAUGGGUCUUUAAAACAAACUUUGACAGAGCACAAAGCAGAGACAUCAAAAGGUGUCUCGUUUGGAGAGUUGGGUUGUAUUCGAACAAGAAAUAAGGUGACUUGUUGCCAUUUUUCUUCUGAUGGAAAGUUGUUGGCUAGUGCUGGUCAUGACAAAAAGGUGGUUCUUUGGAACAUGGACAAUCUGCAAACAGAAACUACUCCGGAGGAGCAUCAAAUCUUAAUCACUGAUGUUCGAUUCCGCCCAAAUUCAACUCAACUUGCGACGGCAUCAUUUGACAAGUCUGUCAGAUUGUGGGAUGCUGCUAAUCCGAGCUAUUGUCUAAAUGCCUACACAGGGCAUGCAUCCCAUGUGAUGUCCCUGGAUUUCAAUCCUAAGAAGAACGAUCUUUUCUGCUUUAGUGAUAGUAACAAUGAAAUUCACUAUUGGAAUAUCAGUCCAUUUUCGCGCACCCGGAUUUCUAAGCAAGGAGGUUCCGCCCAAGUGCGAUUCCAACCUGUAACCGGACAUCUACUGGCAGCAGCAUCAAGCAAAGUGGUUUCUAUAUAUGAUGUUGAAAAUGACAGACAAAUCCAUUCUUUCCUGGGACAUUCUGGCGAGGUGAACUACCUUUGUUGGGAUCUUACAGGCGACCUCUUGGCUUCUGUCAGCGAUGACUGCAUCAAAGUUUGGUCACUGAAUUCCGGAGAGUUCAUCCAUGAGCUCCCCUCCAAUGGAAAUCAAUUCCUUUCCUGUGUCUUCCAUCCUACUUAUUCUGCUCUCCUGGUGAUCGGAGGAUCGAGAUCUCUGGAACUGUGGAACAUGUUGGAGAACAGAAGCAUGACAGUUGCUGCCCAUGACGAUAUAAUCGCUGCUUUGGCCCAGUCACCCGUGACAGGAAUGGUUGCCUCUGCCAGCCACGACAACUCUGUGAAGCUAUGGAAGUAAGCAAGCCAGCAGAAAAUGAACGAUGCCAGAGUCAAGAAACCUUUGAUUAACAUACUAGGUAAACUUGCCAUAGUACUCCUGGGAUGCUGUCUUAAUCUUAUUGCAUGCAAAAUGUGAAUCUAUUGUGUGGUUAUAAGCUUAUACUAAUGUGUCUAAUCAACGUUCUAUCGGGGUGAAUUCUAGAAAAGAGAGAGAGAGAGAGAGAGAGAGAGAGAGAGAGAGAGAGAGAAGCAACUGCCUUAUUAAGAACAAAAUUCUGUGAUUAAUUCAUACUCCUGCUUCUUGUGCUAUUCUCAAUAAACCAUCCUAAUUUAUCUGAUAGUUUUUUAGUUU